GCGAGGACUGCUGAAUAAUUGGGAGCUCCAAGUUGCUUCUGCCUCCAGGAGAGAUCAGUUGGGCUAUUGCUUUUUCCUUUUUGAAAAAAGCCACACAUUUGAUCACCGUCCACCUGCAAAAGUGAGUUUUUACUGAAGAAGCUCCAGCUGCUCUCAUUCCCAGCAGCCCCGGCCGCAGGGGCUCUCGGAGAGUGAGCUACUUCUCAGGCCAGGCAGGACAGCAGUGCUAGCAAAUUGGAAAAAGCAGGAAACAGCCACUGUAUGCAGAGCUUCCAGCUUUACAACUCCCCAGGCUAGCCUUCCGAGCGACCGUGUAGCCAGAGAUCCUUGGUAUUGUGGUCACAUCCCUCCUCAAAAGUGACAAUCACCGCCGGCGACGUUGGGAGGAAGCCGUGAUGCUGCAGAUGCUGUGGCAUUUUCUGUCUAGCUUUCUCCCUAGGGCUGGGUGCCAAGGCUCCAGAGAGGGGAACAAUAAUGAAGUCAGAGGCACCCCGGCUCCAGCUCGGGGAGACCAGAUGUCAAGCUUUUUGGGGAAACAGGACGGAAGGGCUGAGGCCACGGAAAAGAGACCCACCAUUUUGCUGGUGGUUGGACCUGCAGAGCAAUUUCCUAAGAAAAUUGUGCAAGCUGGAGAUAAAGACCUCGAUGGGCAGCUCGACUUUGAAGAGUUUGUCCAUUAUCUCCAAGAUCACGAGAAGAAGCUGAGGCUGGUGUUCAAGAGUUUGGACAAGAAGAAUGACGGACGGAUCGACGCUCAGGAGAUCAUGCAGUCCCUGCGGGACCUGGGAGUCAAGAUAUCCGAACAGCAGGCCGAAAAGAUUCUCAAGAGCAUGGAUAAAAAUGGCACAAUGACCAUCGACUGGAACGAGUGGAGAGACUACCACCUUCUGCACCCCGUGGAGAACAUCCCCGAGAUCAUCCUGUACUGGAAGCAUUCCACGAUCUUUGAUGUGGGUGAGAAUCUGACGGUCCCUGAUGAAUUCACCAUGGAAGAGAGACAGACGGGGAUGUGGUGGAGACACCUGGUGGCUGGAGGCGGGGCCGGGGCAGUAUCCAGAACUUGCACGGCGCCCCUGGACAGACUCAAGGUGCUCAUGCAGGUCCACGCCUCCCGCAGCAACAACAUGUGCAUCGUGGGCGGGUUCACCCAGAUGAUUCGAGAAGGUGGGGCCAAAUCCCUCUGGCGGGGCAACGGCAUCAACGUCCUCAAAAUUGCCCCCGAGUCAGCCAUCAAAUUCAUGGCCUACGAGCAGAUCAAGCGUCUCGUGGGGAGUGACCAGGAGACUCUGAGGAUUCACGAGAGACUUGUGGCAGGGUCCUUGGCCGGGGCCAUCGCCCAGAGCAGCAUCUACCCGAUGGAGGUUCUGAAGACCCGGAUGGCCUUGCGCAAGACAGGCCAGUACUCAGGCAUGCUGGACUGUGCCAGGAAGAUCCUGGCCAGAGAGGGAAUAGCCGCCUUCUACAAAGGCUAUGUUCCCAACAUGCUGGGGAUCAUCCCCUACGCUGGGAUAGACCUAGCCGUCUACGAGACGCUCAAGAACGCCUGGCUACAGCGCUACGCAGUCAAUAGCGCGGACCCUGGUGUGUUUGUGCUCCUGGCCUGUGGCACCAUGUCCAGCACGUGCGGCCAGCUGGCCAGCUACCCACUGGCCCUGGUCAGGACCCGGAUGCAAGCCCAAGCCUCCAUUGAGGGCGCUCCGGAGGUGACCAUGAGCAGCCUCUUCAGGCAGAUCCUGCGGACCGAGGGGGCCUUUGGCCUGUACCGGGGGCUGGCCCCCAACUUCAUGAAGGUGAUCCCAGCCGUGAGCAUCAGCUACGUGGUAUACGAGAACCUGAAGAUCACUCUGGGCGUGCAGUCGCGGUGAUGGGACUGGCGGGGGGGGGGGGGGGGGGGGCCCCGCCUUGCGCGGCAGACUCACGGAUCCUGGGCCUGCAGCCCUGGGAUAUGUAGCCAUCCAUUCUGUGAAUGUGCCAACACUAAGCUGACUGAAGCCAAGCUGUGAAAAGCCUGGGAUGCACCUGCAAGGGAGUGGGGCAAGGCCCGGCAGGCCCACCGGGUGUGUCCUGCUGACCCUGGCUGGCCGGCACAUCCGUUCCAGGGGCCAGCAGGACACGGGCACACGCACGCGGCGACGGGACAUUUCCCGCGGUGCCUGCCGGACAGUGGGGCCCGGAGCCGGCUUCGUUCUUCCAUCUCGCUGCCAGACCACCAGCCUCAGGCCCUGCCCCCUGGCCUGCUGGGCGCCUACCCCGUGCCCGCCUUGCUUCCUUCCUCGCUGCUGUGUUAGUAUGGUAGGAGGAGGGCCACCAGCCCUCUCCCCAUGUUAGCGCUCGCUCCUCUCCCCUCGGUCCGUGGGGGCCUCACGCCCUGGCUUCCUGGCCUACAGGGUCCCCUCUGGCUAGGUUGUGCGGGGGGAGAGGGAGGAGUCCGGCUUCUGUGCUCAACCUCAUCUGAGCCCCGCUGUUGGCCUCUGAGCUCCCCAACAGAUGGGCCCCCGGAUGUGCGUGUGCAUGCAGGGGGCAAGGCCAAGUUCCUCCAUUGGCUGCCCACCUGGCCUCCCGGUGCAUGGCUCCCGCAAUGCAGAGGGCCUCGCUGCUCCUGCCGCCAGGGGCGUCCUGCUGUUCUGAGCUGGCCCCAGACUCCAUCAGGACUGGCGCCAGCUGAGAACCACCUCCCUGUCCCCGCUGUGGAAUGAGAGCCGGGCGGGCACCACGGAGUGGCAGGAAGGGCAGCCCCUGCCCCGCGUCUGCGCACCCUGAUGAGAGGAGGAAAAGGUGUUCAGGGCCUUAAUUAUGUAUCGUUGGGCAAAGGGUUUUGUUCAGAACGACAAGCUGGACAAAUGUGUACGUUCUGUGCUUCCAGAGGGAAGACAAAGGGGGUAGAGAGCCUGGCUGACUUCAUUAAAGUCUGUUUCCAAGCCUCUGGGGAUUCGUGUCCAAUCCCAAUUGGGGCAGAGUGGGGACCAGCCUCACAUUCCACUGCUGCAGGGUGUCACACUGCUUGGAGCCUAUUUAUUUCGUAUUUAUUUGAACAGAGUUAUGUCCUAACUAUUUUUAUAGAUUUGUUUAAUUAAUAGCCUGUCAUUUUCAAGUUCAUUUUGUAUUCAUAUUUAUGUUCAUGGUUGAUUGUACCUUCCCAACACCCUCCAGGCGGGGUGGGGAGAGGAAGGAGGGGCCGUGGGAGUGACCUUUCCCGCCACUGGCCACACUGACGUCAAGUCUGUCCAAAGAAAUUCCUGGGAACUGGCGACAGAUAAAAGGUCAGGGGGGGAGGGGCCCUGGUCAGGGGGGAUGACCUUGGGCAGGUUGAGACAGGGCUCGCACCCAGGAAGCCUUAGGAUCUGAGGGUUCAAUAAGGGGCAGGAAGAGUGGCAGAAAUCUCAAUUCCAUUGAAGAUGUAAGUCCAAACCAUUUCUUGGGCUGGGAGGAUCUCUCUAUUUUAUCCUUUCAAAUGACAAGGCACUGAGGGGCCUAUCACUGUGAGUUUGGGGUUGGGGCUCCAGGAGAGGGCGGCCAGUACCCCGCCCCUGCCUGUGAAGUGGGCUCCCUCCCUCCCUCCCAGGCCCCCCCCGCCUGCUGCCGCCACCCCUGCUCAGCAACGCUGGUCGAUUUGCGACUCGGGGUCGCAUUUCCACUCCACCAUAAUGGCCUAGUGAGGACAAUGCAAAUAGAAUGCAAAGAUCAAUGCAAAAAUUACUGUUAUAUAUCAGUCCAGCGAUAACUGGAAUUUGUGAAAAAGCAAAGAAUUGGAAGUUGUCACUUAAAACAGCCUUCUAAUAAAGUUGUUUCAAAGCUGA